AUGCGCUUUACGAGUGACGGGCGUGAAUCGGUUUCAGAGAAAGGGGAGAAAAAAAAAGCAGAAAAAGUCGGCGCGUCUUUGCCAGAAUGUGCAGAAUGUGUCUUUGUGCUUGCCCACGCUCGGAGCCCGGCUCCCGUGUAUGGGGCCGCUCCGGGAGGCCCGCCAGACUCGCCCGCCCAUGUCUGCCCGGUUCUCUUUCAGUCGGAGGUGUCCUGGAUACCCAACAAGCACUACUCAGGUAUUUACGGCUUGAUGAAGCUGACGCUGACCAAAGCGCUGCCCGCCGACCUGUCCAAGGUCAUCGUCCUGGACACGGACAUCACCUUCGCCACGGACAUCGCCGAGCUGUGGGGCAUCUUCAGGAAGUUCACAGAUAAGCAGGUGAUCGGGCUGGUGGAGAACCAGAGCGACUGGUACCUGGGGAACCUCUGCCCCGUCUGUCUGCAGGACAUCUUCAACGCCUUCAUCAAGCAGAACCCGGUGCUGGUGCACCAGCUGCCCUGCUUCUGGAACGUGCAGCUGUCCGACCACACGCGCUCCGAGCAGUGCUACACCGAGGUGUCCGACCUCAAGAUGUUCCAAUCUGGGCCCCGCCAGAUCUUCCUACCAGGCAGCAGCUCCUGGGCCUCCAGAUGUUCCCAUCUGGUUCCUGACAGAUUUUUCCAUCUGGGUUCUGCCAGAUAUUCCAAAUUGGUCCCCCCAGAUGUUCCCAUCUGGUCCCCCCAGAUGUUCCCAUCAGGCAGCAGCUCCUGGUUCCUCCAGAUGUUCAGCUGCUGUUCGGACAUCUUCAACGCCUUCAUCAAGCAGAACCCGGUGCUGGUGCACCAGCUGCCCUGCUUCUGGAACGUUCAGCUGUCCGACCACACGCGCUCCGAGCAGUGCUACACCGAGGUGUCCGACCUCAAGAUGUUCCCAUCCGGUCCCCCCAAAUGUUCCAAUCUGGUCCCUCUAGAUGGGAACAUCAGUCAGCAGCUCCUGGUCCCCCCAGAUGUUCCCAUCUGGUCCUCCCAAAUGUUCAAUCUGGUCUCUGCCAGAUGUUCCCACCUGGUCCCCCCAGAUGUUCCCAUCUGGUCCCUGCUAGUUGUUCCCAUCAGGCAGCAAAUCCUGGUCCCCCCAGAUGUUCCCAUCUGGUUCCUGCCAGAUGUUCCUAUCUGUCAGCAGCUCCUGGUCCCCCCAGAUGUUCCUAAAAUGGUCCCCCCAGAUGUUUCCAUCAGGCAGCAGCUCCUGGUUCCCCCAGGUGUUUCUAAAAUGGUUCCUGCCAAAAGUUCCCAUGUGGGCUCUGCCAGAUGUUUCCAUCUGGUCCCUCCAGUGGUUCCCAUCUGGUUCCUUCCAGAUGUUCCCACCAGUCAGCAGCUCCUGGUUCCUCCAGAUGUUCAGCUGCUACUCGACUUCAGCGUGUGGGGCCUCCGGAGGGCCGCUCCGGCCUGGGCUGCUCCGGGAAAUGUCAGGAAAGGCCAGAAGCCCCCCCAGAUGAGAACAUCAGAGACCAUCAGAGAACAUCAGAGACCACCAGAGAACAUCAGAGACCAUCAGAGAACAUCAGAGGCCAUCAGAGACCACCAGAGAACAUCAGAGAACAUAAGAGAACAUCAGAGAACACCAGAGAACAUCAGAGAACAUAAGAGAACAUCAGAGACCAUCAGAGACCACCAGAGACCACCAGAUGCCAUCAGAGGCCACCAGAGAACAUCAGAACCCACCAGAGGCCACCUGUCCUGUGCCCCCCCCCCCGUCCCUCCUUCAGGUGGAGGAAUUUGA